GGCGGCGGCGGCGGCGGCGGCGGUGGGAGGCCGGUGACCCGCCGAGGGGCGCCUCAGCCAUGACUGCUGAGCUGCAGCAGGACGAAGCGGCCGGAGCGGCGGACGGCCACGGCUCGAGCUGCCAGAUGCUGUUAAACCAACUGAGAGAAAUCACAGGCAUUCAGGACCCUUCCUUUCUUCAUGAAGCGCUAAAGGCCAGUAACGGUGACAUCACCCAGGCAGUCAGCCUUCUCACUGAUGAAAGAGUUAAGGAGCCUAGUCCAGACGCUGUUGCCACAGAGCCCUCUGAGGUUGAGGGGAGUGGUGCCAACACAGAAGUCCUAGCAAAAGUAAUAGACCUUACACAUGAUAACAAAGAUGAUCUUCAGGCUGCCAUUGCUUUGAGCCUCCUGGAGUCCCCCAAGAUUCCAUCUGAUGGACGAGAUCUUAGCAGGAUGCACGAGGCAGCCUCUGCAGAAACAAAACGCUCAAAGCGAAAACGCUGUGAAGUCUGGGGAGAAAACCCCAACCCAAAUGAUUGGAGAAGAGUUGACGGGUGGCCAGUGGGGCUGAAAAAUGUUGGCAAUACAUGCUGGUUUAGUGCUGUUAUUCAGUCUCUCUUUCAGUUGCCUGAAUUUCGAAGACUUGUUCUGAGUUAUAAUCUGCCCCAGAAUAUACUUGAAAAUUGUCGAAGUCACACAGAAAAGAGAAAUAUUGUGUUUAUGCAAGAACUUCAGUAUUUGUUUGCUCUGAUGAUGGGAUCAAAUCGAAAAUUUGUAGACCCUUCAGCAGCUGUGGACCUGCUAAAGGGAGCAUUCCGAUCAUCUGAGGAGCAGCAGCAAGAUGUGAGUGAAUUCACACACAAGCUCCUGGAUUGGCUAGAGGACGCAUUCCAGCUAGCUGUUAAUGUUAACAGUCCCAGGAAUAAAUCUGAAAACCCAAUGGUGCAGCUAUUCUAUGGUACUUUCCUGACUGAAGGGAUUCGUGAAGGAAAGCCCUUCUGUAACAAUGAGACCUUUGGCCAGUAUCCCCUUCAGGUAAACGGUUAUCGCAACUUAGAUGAGUGUUUGGAAGGGGCCAUGGUGGAAGGAGACAUUGAGCUACUUCCUUCUGAUCAUUCAGUGAAGUAUGGACAAGAGCGCUGGUUUACAAAAUUACCUCCAGUAUUGACGUUUGAACUCUCAAGAUUUGAGUUCAAUCAGUCUCUUGGGCAACCAGAGAAAAUUCACAAUAAGCUGGAAUUUCCUCAGAUUAUUUAUAUGGACAGGUACAUGUACAGAAGCAAGGAGCUUAUUCGCAGUAAGAGGGAAUGUAUUCGAAAGCUGAAAGAAGAAAUAAAAGUUCUUCAGCAAAAACUGGAAAGGUAUGUGAAGUACGGCUCGGGCCCAGCCCGGUUCCCACUGCCAGACAUGCUGAAAUACGUUAUUGAAUUUGCCAGUACAAAACCCACCUCGGAAAGCUGUCCACCGCAGAGUGACGCAUGUGUGGCAUUACCACUCUCCUCAGUGCACUGCCCAGGUUCUGACCUGCACACCAAGGAAAGUACAAGUUCAGAAAGCUCUUCUCAGGAUGCUGAAAGUCCCUUUUCUUCUCCUGAAGAUUCUCCGCUCAAGUCUGAGAUAAUAAGUAAGACACAGGCAUCUUCUCGAUCUUCCCUGGAGAUGCCCGAGCACCCCGCUCCUCGCACUGUCACAGAUGAGGAGAUGAACUUUGUGAAGACCUGUCUGCAGAGGUGGAGGAGUGAGAUUGAACAAGAUAUACAAGAUUUGAAGAAUUGUAUUGCUAGUACCACCCAAGCUAUUGAGCAGAUGUACUGUGAUCCUCUACUUCGCCAGGUGCCUUAUCGUUUGCAUGCGGUUCUUGUUCAUGAAGGUCAAGCCAACGCUGGACACUACUGGGCCUAUAUCUAUGAUCAGCCCCGACAGAUCUGGCUCAAGUACAAUGACAUCUCUGUUACCGAAUCUUCCUGGGAAGAACUUGAAAGAGAUUCCUAUGGGGGUCUGAGAAACGUUAGUGCUUACUGUCUGAUGUAUAUUAACGACAAGCUACCACACUUCAGUGCAGAGACAGCCCCAGAUGAGUCCGACCAGAUGUUAGGGGAGGUGGAAGCGCUGUCUGUUGAACUGAAGCAUUACAUCCAGGAAGAUAACUGGCGAUUUGAGCAGGAAGUAGAGGAGUGGGAAGAAGAGCAGUCUUGCAAAAUCCCUCAGAUGGAAUCAUCCAGCAGCUCCACAUCACAGGAUUUCUCCGCAUCGCCAGAGCCUUCUGUCACUUCUGCUCAUGGGGUCCGCUGCCUGUCUUCUGAGCACGCCGUGAUUGUAAAGGAACAGACUGCCCAGGCGAUUGCAAACACAGCACAUGCGUAUGAAAAGAGUGGCGUGGAAGCAGCGCUGAGUGAGCUUAAGGAAGCUGAACCUAAGAAGCCCAUGUCCCAGGAAACAACCCUUGCAGAGCAGUCAGAGCAGCCCCCAAAAGCACCUGACGCAGAGCCUGCUGCCCAGCCUAAUUCUGAGGUCUCUGAAGUGGAGAUCCCCAGUGUGGGAAGGAUUCUGGUUAGAUCUGAUGCAGAUGGAUAUGAUGAGGAGGUGAUGCUGAGCCCUGCCAUGCAAGGGGUCAUCCUGGCCAUAGCUAAAGCCCGUCAGACUUUCGACCGAGAUGGGUCUGAAGCAGGGCUUAUCAAGGCAUUCCAUGAAGAAUACUCCAGGCUCUAUCAGCUCGCCAAGGAGACCCCCACCUCCCACAGCGACCCUCGACUUCAGCAUGUGCUGGUUUACUUUUUCCAAAAUGAAGCCCCCAAAAGGGUAGUGGAACGGACUCUUCUGGAACAGUUUGCAGAUAAAAACCUUAGCUAUGAUGAAAGAUCAAUCAGUAUUAUGAAGGUGGCUCAAGCCAAACUAAAGGAAAUUGGUCCAGAUGACAUGAAUAUGGAAGAGUACAAGAAGUGGCAUGAAGAUUAUAGUUUGUUCCGAAAGGUGUCUGUGUACCUCCUGACAGGCCUGGAACUCUAUCAAAAAGGAAAGUACCAAGAGGCCCUGUCCUACCUGGUGUACGCCUACCAGAGUAAUGCUGCCCUGUUGACCAAAGGGCCUCGCCGCGGUGUGAAGGAGUCCGUGAUUGCUUUGUACCGAAGAAAAUGCCUGCUGGAGCUAAACGCUAAAGCAGCUUCUCUCUUUGAAACAAAUGAUGACCACUCUGUUACUGAGGGCAUUAAUGUGAUGAAUGAGCUUAUCAUUCCCUGCAUUCACCUCAUCAUUAAUAACGACAUCUCCAAGGAUGACCUGGAUGCCAUUGAGGUCAUGAGAAACCAUUGGUGCUCCUACCUUGGGCAAGAUAUUGCAGAAAAUCUGCAGCUAUGCUUAGGGGAGUUUCUGCCCAGGCUUCUAGAUCCUUCUGCAGAAAUCAUUGUCUUGAAGGAGCCUCCAACUAUUCGACCCAAUUCCCCCUACGACCUUUGCAGCCGAUUUGCAGCUGUCAUGGAGUCAAUUCAAGGCGUUUCAACUGUAACAGUGAAAUAAGCUCCCACAUGUUCAACAUGCCUCUUGUCAGUGCUCACCUGGGGAAGACUGGACAAAUGAGGUCCCAGUAUGGGCCCCAGUGAUGCUGCGUAUUUAAAGAAGGAUUAAAAACAAAAUUGUACUUUUGGGUACAGAAUCAGAAAAGCUAUUUUAUUGGGAAAGAUAAGAGCCAGUAUACUAAGGUGUUGAGCGAUGCCAGAAGACCUGAAAUGCCUUUGAACCCUCCAAACGGCUUGUGUUUUUGUAAGUCUCCUGCCAAUUUUCUAAUUAUCUUGCAGAUGUAAACGUUUUUGACAGCAGAGUAGAAGAGUGACUCAUCAGAACCAGAUGAGCAGCCACUCGUUAUUUUGUCAAACACAGAUGACAUGUAAAAACCCAUAGCUACAAGAGAUGGGAAGGAUGGCCGUGCCUGGCUCCAGGCGGGGAGAGUCCACAGUGGGUGCUGGGGUCACA